UUCUCAGGAUUAUGAGAAACUUAUAAUCAUGACAACUGUACUAGUCAUAAAUGUUGGAAUGUUUAUCAUUGUGCUCUACACAAUCACAUUUUCUUUACUAAAUUGUGGCAGAAAGGGGCUUUCAGCAAAGAAGUACCAUAAAUGAUUCUUUGGCCUCUCUGUUUUCUCAUUUUUAUAUGCUGAAUAAUUAACAAUUCUCCCCGCACAUGAAUGAGAUAUGUUUGUCUGUAUCACGGUGUUACAGAACUUUGAACAACACACUCCGAAAAGUACAAUUCUACAAAAUAUCAACAAGCAACAGAAAGAGUGCAGAGAGCAAUAAAAACAGAUGGUAGAUUUAUCUUACAGUGGCCUUGCUGUUAAUUUAGCUUUUUUUUGAUGAUGUGUGAAUAAUAUUUGGAAGGUUUUUGAGUAUUUUGUCUAUGCACCUUUCCAGUUGGUUUGCAACCCGCCAAAAAAUCCACAGAUUAAGAAGAAAAAGGCUGUGUCCUAAAUACUCAAUGACAAAUCAAAACUGACAGAUCUGCAUGUAGGUUAACUAUUUUUUCAUUAUGAUUGUUCAUUAUUAUUUAAUACUAUAUUAUAUAUAUAUAGUAUUAAAGUCCUUAUAUAAUAUUAAAGUCCUUAAUAAUUAAAAUAUUUAGUUGUUUUAUUUUUUGUAAACCAAGUAAAAUGUAAUUUGUUUGAAUGUGUCUCAAUUUUCAGUCGAGUAAUGAAUUAAUGCACAAGUUAAUGAAACAGUUAUAUUUUAUUUACUGACAACAGGAAACAUGAAUAAAUGAGUAAAAGGAUAAAGUAACCAUGGCGAUAAAUAAACACACAUGACAUGGACACAUGAAACCAAGCUUUAUUCAAACUAAUAAAGUUUAAUAAAAAAGUUUUACUACAGCUCAGUAUCUCCGUGAGCACCACUUCCUGUAACACAUUUACACAGAGUAAAACAUGUUACAGCGCCAAGCUUCAUUACUCCUGUGGUGUAGUGUGCUAAAGCACUGAGCUGGUCAGCAGAAGGUUGCUUGAUCGAUCUCUGCAGUCGUCACCCCUGCUGUGUGUGUCCUUCAGCAAGACUCUUUUCUCCAGGUGGCUGCAGGGGGACUGAGUCCCUGUAAUAAGAGCACUGUACUUCACUAUUGAUAUUAACAAGUCACUUUGCAUGAAAGCAUCUCUAAACAGCUAGUUUUACUAAGGAACUCUUAAUAUAGAUUUAGGGCGGGGUUGACCUUAGGGCUACGUGCUAUAUUUAACAAAUAGUGGACAAUACCCCUCCCCAACAUGCAAAACAUGUGGUAGAGAAAACCAGCCCUCUGGUUACUGUGGUAAUAAAGACACACAUCAAGAUAAAAUUGUUUUACAACUCGAAGGGAUGUAGAGUUUUCACUCUUGAUUCACUUUGAAACAGACAAAUGUACCCUUGUACUAUAUAGUUCAUCCUAAUUAUAUCUCCCUCUAGAUAUAACCACUUGAGAAAUGUAGGAACGUACCCAAUUUUCCCCAUCUCAUUAUUUUCCCUCUUACAGUUUUCCAAUUGCUAAAACACUAAACCCUAUUGUCUGAACCAAAUGCUCAGUUGCCUGAACCCACUGAUUGAAUCAAUCACUCUUUUGGUAAAACCAUAAGCACUUUUCACCUGUUUAGACUCAACUUGCCAACACAUUUUCAUUGUGAUGCACCCGUGCUGCAUAAUGGUGAGCACAGGUGACAAAAGUCAAACACAAUUAAAGCACAGAUGUCACCACUUGAACACAACAACUCAAAAUUGAUCACACUUGUGGCCAAUGAUGUGAGGGAACAUAUAUAGUAAGCCAGUUCAGAGAGUUCACUGGUUUGUGAGGCCCUACAAUGGAUAGAAAUCUGAGAGGAAGAGUUUGUGUGAGAGGAGAUUGAGGUGGUCGAGCUGGUCAGCGAAGACAAAGAACAGCAAUAUCUGAUAAAAUUAGAGCUACUGUGAUUCACCAUGUUCUUGUCCAUGGUAUGAGCAUGAGGGAGGCUGGACAAAGGGUACAACCAAACAUCAGUAGAUUCACUGUGUCCACCAUAAUCCGAAGAUUUAGAGAAGAGAACAGAAUUGAAAGACUGCCACAUGGAGGUGGGAGGACAGGUAUGUUCUCCCCACACCAAGAGACCCUAAUUGUUGAUAUGGUCCGUGAGAACAAUGCCAUUAAACUGUGUGAAAUUCAGCAGAAGAUCAUUGAGGACCAUGUCAAUUUUGAGGGUAUCAACAGCGUCAGCCUCUCCACUGUUGAUCGUGUCCUCAAGCGCAACAGACUGCGCAUGAAACAGCUAUACAGAGUGCCCUUUGAUCGCAACUCAGACAGAGUCAAAGAGCAAAGAUUCCAGUAUGUACAGAGGGUUUUUCAACUGGGUGCAAUGGAAAGACCCCAUGAAUACAUCUACAUGCAUGAAGCUGGGUUUAAUCUCACCAAAAGGAGAAGGAGUGGCCGUAAUGUGAUUGGCCAUCGGGCCAUUGUUGGUGUUCCUGGGCAGCAUGGUGGCAAUGUCACAUUAUGUGCUGCCAUCAGCAAUCAUGGGGUUGUCCACCAUCAUGCCAACCUGGGGCCCUACAACACUCACCAGCUCCUCAUUUUCCUCAAUCACAUGCGAGAUGCUCUGUUAGGGCAGCAGGAUGAGCAUCCCAUCUGCGAGUGACGCGUCUGGCGCGAAUGUGCUUUUUGUGCAUUUACGCGUUUGACGUGAAUUCGCGUCUGACGCCCGAGUUGGAAAAUUUUAACUUUGGCGUCAAUUCACGCCGGCUUAACCAACCAGGAGCCUGCUCAGGAGUCACUCAUUCAACAUGGAGGAACGACUGUCAGUGAGCAGUCACCUGGAGCUAUAUGACACAAGUUCAUAUUUCUAUAGAGACAGGAAUAAAAAGGACCUCGCUUGGAAGAGUGUGUUGUAAAUACACAUUUAACUUCUGAGUCACGUACAUGUUUAUCGACCCGCGGCCUUACACCAGGGUAAAUCUCCUGCAAGGCAUGGGACUUGCCUGUGGUGACGUAAGUGUGGAGUCAUGCCAAGCCUGGAUACACCGUGCCAGGGGUUUUUUCCCCCAUUGCCUGGCCAGACAAAAUGUGGCCUGUGAUGUGGAUGAAGUCCUGUGGCCUGACCCAGUACAGAGACAUGAUGCUGUGGCUGAGUAAUGCACUUAUUUGUAUAUUUUUGUACUUUAUUUUUACAUGGGCUUACUGUACACAAGUGGCAAACGCAUAAGAUUUCUGUUUUGUCUUUUUGUACAAGUGCUAAAUGCAAAGGUUUUUGUUUUGCAACAUGCAUUUAGCCUACAGUGAACAAUAAACAUUUAUUUCUCCAGCUUCAUGUCCUGAGCAUUGUGUUUUCUAUUUUUCUACGUAGUGUUUAGUGACUGUUCAGUAGUGUUUAAUUUUGAUUGACUCGGGGCAUGAUUUGACAACAUAGUUCAGUUUUGAGCACAGAUUGAACUGUUUUGAGGUGAAAGUUUGGUUUUGCAAGAAGAGUCUGAGGUUUUGUGAAUGUAGCUUGAAAAUUGGGUUUUGUGUUCACAGUUUAGAGAAAAGGAGAGCAGCUUUCAAGAAAUGUGUCUUAGCAAUCAA